AUGGACAUGAAAACCACACAAGAAGCGAUGAGAGGAAACUCAAGCUCAUCGGAUGAAAAUCCAAGAACGUUGAAUCAAGAUAUAUCUGAUACUCCCUCUACUAUGAGCACCCCAAACACCGUUGCUAACUUAGUUCAGGGAGAAAAGUCUUUAAAACGACCUCGAAAGAAAAGAAAGACGUUCAGUUGUGAUGUAUGUCGAAAAUUCAAGACAAGAUGUGAUUUUGAAGUUACCGUUGGUAAAUGCCAUAGAUGCCACGUUCUACAAUUAGACUGCUCACUUUCUAAGGAAGAUACAUCAACACCAAACGAUAAACCGAAGGAUAACUUGUUACCAACUAAUUUGCAGAUCACUAAAGAAACAGAAACUGUUACUGUAUCACCCUCUCUGAAUAACAAUAAUAUCUACGACAGGACCAACUCUGGAAUAGAUAUCAGAUUACAGAGGCUUGAGGAUGAUGUGAGGGCCGUACAUAACAAAAUAGAUAGACUUCUUAUGCUACUAGAGAGUUCUAAUUCAACUGCAGCUACUGGUAGGCGAUUAUCACAAUCACAUUUUUCUCAGGUAGCACAAGAUAAUCAAACAACUUCAUCCUAUAAUACUGCAAAGCCCACCCAACCAACAAUUUUCAAGCAUUCAUCAGGACUAACUGAUGAUAACAAGCUUAUUUCUGUGGAUGGAUUUCGACUUAGGGAACCUCCUCUGAGAUUGAUUGAUGGUAUCGAUGAGAGACUUUUUCCAUGUAUCGCAACUACCAAGAAGGAUCAAAUUGCGCGGGAACAACGUCCCUCAGCUGUAGCUCGAGUUCAAUUUCUUCAUUUUUAUGAAAAACAUCGAACAUUAUGUUUAAAUCUUUCCAAGGAGUUUUUGGUAAGAUCACACUUUUGGAUCAUCCCAGGAGGCAGCAAAAACUUGACAGAACAGUUCAUUCAUAAUCAUUUAUUCAUAACGAGUGUGUUCACAAUUAUUGCUAUGAGUUUUGCAGAUAAUCAGAAGUAUGCUGAAGAACAAGAAAAAUUAUAUCCAUUGGUUGAAAGACUUUUAACCAAUACGUUGACAAUGUUCGAAAAGUUAACGCCACAUGAUAUCGAAGCAAUUCUGUAUUGUGCAAUGUUUCCCAUUUCAAGAAAGUCCAAAAGGUAUAGGCAGCUGAAAUUUAACUCCUUAGUCUUGACCAAUUUUGCCAUGUUCAGUUUGCUAAAGAUUGUCGAUUUCCACAAAAUUAAAGAAAGAGUUUUACACAAGGAGGAAUAUUUACCAGAUGAUCUCUAUCAUUUGCGAAUUUUAAAUUCGCUGACCGCUUGCCACUUGCAGUACUCAAUUAGUUAUGGAGAUAUUUCUCCUCAAGAUCAAAGGAUUAAAGAGUAUAAUGAUUUGAUUGCCAAAUUUCCACAGUCAAAUUUUGGUGAUGAUAUAAAGAUUAGUGAAAUUAAGUUAGGAGCCAUCGUAAAUACCAUCUUUAUGAAUUUUAAGAAGUAUUUCCAUUCAUUUAAGGAUUCUGCAGAGGCUGAUAUGGAUAAGAUUGAUUCAACAUUACAUAAAAAGAAAAUGUUAAUAUUUCCUGAACUGGACUAUUGGCUCAAUAGCUGGGAGGAAUUAUUAGCCAAGGAUGGUGGCGGUGUUCUUCUAUUUACGUUUGAUUACUAUCACAUCAUGAUAUGUCGCUCAUUUUUCACAGAAUUUUUGAGUGAGAUGAAAUUAUACCCAACUUUUUUGAAUGAUGCCCUAUUCACAAUGAGGGAACAUGCAUUUUCACUGCUUCGAGGAUUCCUACGCUUACCACCUGCAUUGAUCAAAGGGGCACCCAAAUUGACAACUUAUCAGCUUGUGUAUGCCUGUUUAACAUUAUGUGAUUUUCUGCAUUGGUUUGAUUCUACAGAGAGACAGCAAGUCCUAAGCCUAUGUUCCCGUGUUUAUUGGCACUUGAACACCAUUGGAGAACAAUUGAAUGAAGCUACCGAUAACGUUGGAAAAAUUAUAAAAUCAAUAAUUGAUACUAGUAGGAAAAGAGUAAGUUUAGGUCAUUUUCCAUCACCACUUGGGACUUCAUCGACAACUACAGCUGACCCGGAGGGAGUUGCAAUGCUAUCGAGUAAUGAUGACAAUGUAAGGAAAUCUGUCAGUAGCGUCGAUAUCACUAAUACUGAAGGCUUGAAAUCUCUAAAAUCACACACAAGUUCCAUUGAAAAUGUUACUGCAAGAGACUUUAACAUUCCAGACGUAGACAGAUUUAAUUCAUUUGAAGAUUUUUUCCAAAAUUUUUUCGAUCAUUUGAAACCAACUUCACGAAAGAUAUUCUCUUCCAGCACAGACAAGAGUGAUGGUACUGCUUAA